CACUGUAGGGCCUGCGACGCGAGUGAGUGAGCGAGUGAGCUCCCGCGCGAGCCAGCAGCACCGCGACACUCGGACGAAGCAACGAAGCACGCCUCCUCCGCAGUCUUUAGUCUUCUGCAGUCUGUUCCGAACGGCCGCGGCACCGACACCACACUGCAAGCCACACCCCAGCAGGCACCCCGGAGGACACUCCAGUGGACACCCCAGCGGCAGGGCAGCCUGCAGAGCUUGUCGAGACCUUUUCACUGCUUGCUGCGGACUCACGAUGGCGGAAGUAGCCACGGGCGGCCUGGCCGGCAAGAUCUUCGGCGUCCUGGUGGCCGUGCUGGAGGUCCUCUGGCUGCAGGUCCGCAUCUACGCCGAGGUGUUCCGCGGCGUCUACCUCACCCUCGUGCCGCCGCCGGAGAAGUCGGUGGCCGGCGAGGUGGUGCUGGUGACGGGGGCCGGGCACGGCAUCGGCCGCGAGGUGGCGCUCAAGUACGGGUCGCUGGGCGCCACGGUGGUGUGCAUGGACAUCAACGAGAAGGGUGCCGCCGAGACCGCCAAGGACAUCAAGGGCAUGGGCGUCAAGUCGGCGGCCUACAAGUGUGACGUGUCCAACCGUGACGAGGUGCUAGCCGUGGCCAAGAAGAUCACGCAGGAGGUGGGCCCGGUGACGGUGCUGGUGAACAACGCGGGCAUCAUGCCCACCAAGCCCUUCCUGGAGCACACCCCGGAGGAGAUCGAGCGUAUCUUCGACAUCAACAUGCUGGCCCACUGCUGGCUGCUGCAGGCCUUCCUGCCCUCCAUGAUGGAGCGCAAGCACGGCCACGUGGUCGCCGUGUCCUCCAUGUGCGGUCAGGCCGGCACCACCAACCUGGCGCCCUACUGCGCCUCCAAGUACGCCGUGCGCGGCUUCAUGGAGUCGCUGGCCGUGGAGCAGUACGACCUGCGGCCCGACCUGGUGGACAAGGUGCGCUUCACCACCAUCUACCCCUACAUGGUCAACACGGGGCUCGUCAAGUCGCACUCGGUACGCUUCGGCGGCUUCAUGCCCAUCCUGAACCCCGCCGAGGUGGGCGCCGAGAUCGUGUCCGCCAUGCGCAGGAACGAGACCGAGGUGUCCGUGCCCGGCUGGAUGUUCCACUUCUUCAGGUUCAUGAGGUUGUACCCUACCUCGGUGGCUUUCAUGAUCCGCGACUACCUGCAGGUGAAAAUCGAGGGCGAGAAGAAAUAGGGCUGCCCUUUUUUGCACAUCGCUCGGCGAUUUGUGUUGACAAAUCACAUGUGACAGUGACAUGGCGUUAAACAACGCCGAACAUAGACGGUACUCUACAAUUACUAUGUUUUUUUUUAGUUUUUGUUGAGUGCCUCUCUUGUACAUAUAAUAAUAAUAAUAAUAAUAAUGAUAGGAGUAUGUAAGUGUAAUGAAGGAAUGUGUGUGUGUUUGGAUUUUUUUUGUGAGCGUGUAUGUUUGUGUGUGUGGAGGGACGAGAAGUGCCUUUUUGUAAGAAUACGAUAACUGCAAUAAAACUGUUAAUACUUCUUUUUAA